AUCCAAGGUACCCCUGUGCCAUAGUGUGACCUUCCUGAUCACUUCUCCUUACUCUCCCAUAUUCCAGUGAACAAGGGGAGAAGAAUUGCCUUCAGUUCCAUGUCUUUACUGAAAAUGGCUCCCAAUGCUGAGGAAAGAACCACUAUACACGAGAUGUUUCUUAACACACUGGAUCCAAAGACUAUAAGUUUUCAGAGUCGAGUUUUGCCUCCUAAUGCAGUAUGGAUGGAGAACUCAAAACUGAAGAGUUUGGAAAUUUGCCACCCUCAGGAGCGGAAUAUUUUCAAUCGGAUCUUUGGUGGUUUCCUUAUGAGGAAAGCAUAUGAACUUGCAUGGGCUACUGCUUGUAAAUUUGGUGGUUCCCGACCAUUUGUAGUAGCAGUUGAUGACAUCAUGUUUCAGAAACCUGUGGAAGUUGGCGCAUUGCUCUUUCUUUCUUCACAGGUAUGCUUUACUCAGAAUAAUUACAUUCAAGUCAGAGUACACAGUGAAGUGGCCUCCCUUCAGAAUAAAGAGCAUAUGACUACCAAUGUCUUUCAUUUUACGUUCAUGUCAGAAAAAGAAGUGCCCUUGGUUUUCCCCAAAACAUAUGGAGAGUCCAUGUUGUACUUAGAUGGGCAGCGGCAUUUCAACUCCAUGAGUGUUCCAGUGACUGUGAGAAAGGACUACCUUGUGGAGCCCUAGGAAAAUGUCACUUGUUGAAAACGGGCACCCCACCCACAGUGACAUGAUGCCCGAUGAAGGCCUGAUCAAGUAUAUUGGUUUUAGUGUUGUUUCCUCUGUGGAGAAGGAGAAUGUGCUCAAGCUUUUAGGAUGAUCAGAAAAGAGUAGCUAGAUGGGGCUGAGGGGAGAAAUAAUUAUUACAAUAAAUGCUUUUAAAACAAUUUGUGAACCU